AUGUCGGCCAUAGGAGCGGACCUUCCGCCACACCUCCUCGCCAAGCGCAAACGGCAGCAAGAGGAAGAGGAACAGAAUGCAUCUACCACAACCUCCGGCGCAAAGCGAUCGGCGAGUCCAGACGAGCCAGAAAAGCGACGGCGAGUAGUGGGACCUGCAAUGCCUCCUGCACCCAUAGACGAAAGACCCGAACAGCCACCAAAUGCCCACGACAACGAUAGCAGUGACGACGACGACGGUUUCGGCCCAUCAUUACCUACUGGCGGUGCUACCACGCAAGCACACGAAGAUGAAGAAGAUGGCACGCAGGCUGGAGGCACAACAGGGCCACAAUCAGAGGAGAAGCUGAAGAGAGACGACUGGAUGAUGAUGCCGCCCAAGCAGGAUGAUCUUGCUGCUCGCCUAGACCCUACCAAGCAGCGGCCCACCAAGUUCAACACCGGCAAAGGCGCAAGAGGGCCAAACAACAUGGACGGCGACAGCUCAACGUGGCAUGAGACCCCAGAGCAGAAGCAGAAACGCCUACAAGACGAGAUGAUGGGCAUCUCCAAGCCCAAUCCUAUACCCAACACAGCCUCCGGCAAGACCUCGAAAGUCGCAAAGGAAGACACCACGAAUCGCAAAGUCAAGGAGCAACUGGAGACAACGGCUCGUGGCCCCUCCCUUCUCGAACAGCACCAGAAGAGCAAAGGCGCCGAAGCUGAAGACGACCCGAGCAAACGGGCCUUUGACCGUGAGAAGGACAUGGCCAGCUCGAGUCGCAUAUCUUCUACCCAGAAAAGACAGAUGCUCAACAAAGCCUCUGACUUCUCUGGAAAAUUCUCGGGAGGUUCGUACCUGUAA